CCUUAAGGAGGUGGAUGUAAUUUGCCCUUUAAAAAAUUGUGUAUAAAUUUUUAUACAUAUUAAAAAGUAAAAUUAUCAAUUUUGUCAUUCAGUUGUAAUUAACUUUUAGAAAAUCCUCUGUUAUUUUCCCUUUAUUUUAUUUUUUUAUUUUUGAUAAGCAGAGGUUAUUUCUAGUUUGUUUUCAUUUUAACUGUACUCCAAGAAACUGCUUUGAAUCAUAUGAGUAAAAUCCAGACUUCAUGAUUGUUAAUCCGAGGUGGUGUUCAGUUGUCUACUAUUCUCACACUUCAACUAGUUCUAGCCAGGUGGGAACUCUACCAUACAGGGCACCAGAACUCCUGCUUGGUUUGAACUACUCAACCCCAGUUGAUGUGUGGUCGGUUGGUUGUAUAUUUGCCGAGAUGGUGACCCAGCAGCCUCUGUUCACUGGUACUUGCGAGGUGAACAUAUUGAUUGAAAUGUUUAGCAUGUUGGGUGUGCCAAAUGAGGCAACAUGGCCCGGAGUAACUUCAUUAUGUGGUUAUAUUUCUACAAUGACUGAGUUUCCCUCUCAUGUGAGAAGUCUUGCAGAAGUUGUCACUGGUCUUGAACCUGCUGGAUUUGAUCUUCUUUCUGUAAGUUUCGGUUUUACUAUAUUUCAGAGUGACAAUCAGAACACUAGUCCACCAUGAGAAUCAGGAAUCUUUAACAGACCGGCACAGUUUUUGCAAUGAUAGAUUCCCAUACAGAGCUCAUUGCUCCAGUUUUAACCAUAUGACCAUUGUCUGGUCAUUUGGUAGAGUAAAAUGCAUCUGAUCAUCACUUUUAUGAAAUUAAUUUAAGCUUUAUAAUUUUUGAACAUCUGUACAU